GUCAAUUGCUAUCUUGUUUGCUAAUGCAGAAGUGAUGAAUUGAUCUACCUCUCUGCCUAUGGGACAUUAGAUGGCAGACACGGCUUUACUGUGUGCUCUGGAAAUAUCAAUCCCUUGAAAAGAAAGUUAGGAGAUGUGAUGCAUGUGGUUAAUUUGAAAAAGCACCAUCAGAAUUCCUCAUCUUUGCUUGCGUACUAUUACUUAAUCCUUUACGCUAAUUUAUGGCCUGGGUUCUGCAGCCACAACUUUGACAAGCUGGCAUCUCCUGGUCACAUUUUGUUCUCUUCAUGUGGCCUUAUGGAUGAAAUUGUUUGAGCACAAGCCUUUUGAUGCAAGAGCUGUCAUGGGAUUUGGUAUAUUAAAUGGGAUAUCCAUUGGGCUUUUGAAUCUUAGUUUGGGUUUCAAUUCUGUUGGUUUCUACCAGAUGACAAAACUGGCAAUUAUUCCCUGCACUGUUCUUUUGGAGACCCUUUUCUUCAGGAAGAGAUUCAGUAGGAAUAUCCAGCUCUCACUGGCCAUUCUUCUUUUGGGUGUUGGAAUUGCGACUGUGACUGAUCUUCAGCUCAAUCUCCUGGGUUCUGUCCUUUCUCUUCUGGCAGUUAUCACUACAUGCGUAGCUCAAAUUAUGACUAACACCAUUCAGAAGAAGUUCAAAGUAUCUUCCACCCAACUUCUCUACCAGUCUUGCCCUUAUCAGGCGAUAACUUUGUUCAUCAUUGGCCCAUUUCUGGAUGGGCUUUUGACUAACCAGAAUGUUUUUGCUUUCAAGUAUACUCCUCAAGUGCUGUUCUUCAUUGUUCUGUCCUGCCUGAUAUCUGUCUCUGUCAACUUCAGUACAUUUCUGGUAAUUGGAAAGACAUCCCCGGUCACCUAUCAGGUCCUAGGACAUCUGAAAACAUGCCUUGUUUUGGCCUUUGGUUAUGUUCUACUUCGUGAUCCAUUUAGUUGGCGCAACAUUUUGGGGAUCUUGAUUGCUGUAAUUGGAAUGGUCCUUUAUUCAUAUUAUUGUACUACUGAGACCCAGCAGCAGAAGGCUAGUGAAGCAUCAGCACAAUCGCCGCAGGUAAAGGAAAGUGAGUCUGAUCCUCUGAUUAGCGUGGAGAAUGGAAGUGGGAUCUUGAGUGAUGGUGUCGGUCCAAAAGCUCCUGUAUGGAGUUCAAACAAAGACCUGCAUGCAUAAAAUGUUGGAAAUGUUAAAUUCAUUGGUCCUAGAUGGAAAAGGUAGUAAUGAAAACUGUUCCAGCGAUGAAGAUGUUGCUGGUAAGGGUGGGUUAAGUGUCGCACAGCAACAGAUGGGGUAAUUUGGAGAUGAAAACUUCUAUAGAAUAUUAGUUUGGAGAGUGGAAGGACUUGCCUAAUGAUAUACCAGUUUUGGUUAUUGGUAGUGGAAUCAGGAAUUCAGGAUUCAGGCGUGGGGAAUGGAAUUGCAUACCAGAAUUUGAUUUGUUAAAUGUAUAAUGGUCCUAGACGCCGAACAAUUUUUCCUAGCAGUUGUUUCUGGUUAAAAAUAUUCUAUAUUUUUGAAGAAAUUAAGGCGUAUUUUCAUUGA